CGUAAGCAAAAGCUGAUGAACGAGAACCUGGGAAGAAUACUUGACCAUUUUCGAAUCUCAUCUUAUUAAAAACAUAUCUUUGGUUCAGUCACUAAUUAGUUAGUAUUUGAUUUUGUCUCAGUUUAGACGAAAGUGAUAGUUAGAUAGCCAAAAAUUGCAUUAGCUAAAUGUAAACGUCACGUCAGGUUAUUAGAUUAUGUUUAUUUUGUAGUCGUCGAAUAGUAUGUUUCUUUAUAAGUUUAAACAAUAAAGUCCCCUUAACAAAGUAUAAAUACGAUUAUUCCACAAAAUCUUCAUUACUCUCUCAUUAUUAACUAACCUCUCAGCAACUGCAAACACGUUCUUGUUCGAAGUUUAGCGUCAUUCUCUCGCGAUUCCUCUGUUCCACUGAUUCUCUCUAAUGGCGGACAAGAAAGACUUAGACCCAAAUCAUCCCGCGGAAGAUGGAACGUUUCUGUGCCCAGUAAAGAAGAGAGCAAUAGCUGAAAGAUCACUUACUGGGUUUGGUAGAGCACACGAGCCCGAGUUCAAGAAACAGAGACUCGAACAGCUCCAGAGGAAAGCUUAUCACUCUGUUCUCCUUGCUUCCAAAUCAGAAUCCUCGGGAACAUCACACAAGUCUCAUAUCAUACAAAAGCUGAUGAACGAGUGGAACAUCGAUCAAGAAACUCACAUCUCUGUUGCGCAUAAGAUUGAUAACUCUGAUAAGAAUGCAACUUGGAUGAUUCCAAACUCUCUUCCUAAUCCAGAGUCUCUUGUUGGUAAACGUGUCCAUGCAAGAUCCCCUGAUGAUGAAGAUGAUGAUUCACCAACGAACAAGAAGAUCAAACUCCAUAAACAGGCUUACGACCAUGUUCUCCACGCCUUCAACGCAGAAUCUCCAGCACUAUCACACUCAAGGACUUUGAUCAUGCAACACCUCCUUGACGAAUGCAACAACAAAGCUCAUAUCAAUAAGAUAGUGGAGCCAAGAUCCAGACUCUUACCCGAAGGCUUACAUUUUCGUCCAACAGAUGUUGAGAUGGCAAUCUUUUUGAAGCAAAAAGCUCUAGGACAGCCAAUAGAAGCCUGCAUCAUACCUGAAGAACGUCACGAUAUCUUCUCAAUACCACCUCGUGAUUUGCCUGGCUAUCCAGAAGAAACACAUUGGUAUUACUAUUGCUGGAAAUCUACGGGACAACAAGACCCUCGAAGUCUCUGGACACGGUUCCGUGAAGAUACUGCUGUCUUCGAUGAAGAGGAGAACUGUGUCGCUGUCAAACGUAGGUUUACUCUCGUUGAGCGGGAAGAAGAAUGUAAUGACGUUUUCUUGCCUGACGAAGAAGAGCCUCCAGUGGAAGAAUGGUUCAUAAAAGAGAUUAGUCUACCACCAAGUGUUGCAGAUAGUGAGUUUGUUUUGUGCCAUGUCGUUCUCAAGAAAAGGGAGAAGAAGAAAGAAGAAGAAGAAGAAUACUACGACGAAGAAGAAGAAGAAGAGGAUUAAAUCGUUACAAUGUAAAACAUACAAAACUGCUUUUAUGAUUUUGCAUUUUACUUAGUUUUACUGCUCUUCUCAUGAGAGAAUCUUAUCGUUCCAUUUAGGUCGGGAGAUGAAAAACUUGAAAACCAAAAUGUAUCUGUUGAGAAACUGUUUUAAGAUAUGUUGUGUUGGCACAGAAAAAAAAAAGAUAUGAUGUGUGUUUAGGUUCAUAUACAUAGAACAAACCUAGCUUUCUCCCUGAGAGUAGUCUCUCAGUCUCUGCUUGUGUUGUGGCCUCAUCAAAUGGUGUCUUUUAGAGUUGUGUUGAUACACGUUUGUUAAGUAAAGCAACUUUGUGUGUUUA